AUGGGGCUUGUAAGCGUGGAAAAAAUAAUUGCACUACAGAAAAAGGCUGAAAACAUUCGGAAUAUAUGUAUAUUGGCCCAUGUUGAUCAUGGGAAAACUACAUUAGCAGACUGUCUCAUAUCUAGCAAUGGGAUCAUCUCCAGUAGAUUAGCUGGAAAGUUGCGUUAUUUGGACAGUCGCGAAGAUGAGCAGAUUAGAGGAAUCACCAUGAAAUCCAGUGCGAUCUCCCUGCAGUACAAAUUUGGGGAUGAAGAUUAUCUUAUAAACCUCAUAGAUUCUCCUGGGCAUGUUGAUUUCUCAUCAGAGGUUUCCACUGCAGUGCGUCUCUGUGAUGGUGCUGUUAUUGUGCUGGAUGCAGUGGAAGGUGUGUGCCCACAGACCCAGGCAGUAUUAAGACAAGCCUGGCUGGAGAAUAUACAGCCUGUUCUGGUAAUCAAUAAGAUCGAUAGACUGAUAGUGGAACUGAAAAUGUCUUCCCAAGAAGCAUAUGCCCAUCUUCAAAAAAUACUGGAGCAGGUAAAUGCUGUGACAGGUGCCUUGUUCACCUCCAAAGUCCUGGAAGAGAGAGCUGAAAAAGACACUACUACAGAGACAAUAGAAGGGGAGCAGGUGUAUGACUGGAGUGCAGGCUUAGAAGAGACUGAUGACUCCCACCUCUAUUUCUCCCCAGACCAGGGCAAUGUGGUGUUUGCCAGUGCCGUCGACGGAUGGGGGUUUACGUAAGCUCACUUUCC